AUGUUCAACAGUACCCUGUAUUUGGGUGAUGAGCUCACCCUGAAGAGUUUCCCCAUGGCACAACCAGUUGCCUCUGAGGACACUUGGGGCUUGUACGGCGCCAGCCCGCAGCACAUCCUCGGGGUGGGAACAGAGUCUACAGUCUUGAGCGCCUUACACAACGCCGGCCGCAUUGCCUCGAGAUCUGUUGGUUAUUACUGGGGCAUGGACUCAGUCGGCUCCAAGGAUGACACUCCGGGAUCCUUGGUGUUUGGGGGUUACGACAGAGCCAAGACUUAUGGAGAUGGCGAUGAGAUGGACUUUACACUUGGGAAGGACAGUUGUCGGAGUAAGAUGAUGGUUUCAAUCAGCGGCCUCUCCCUAAACCUCCGCAACGGCACCGACGUGUCGCUAUUCGCUUCGAGCAACCAGCAAAAGCCGCUACGGGCAUGCAUAGUCCCUCAGAACCCAUACAUCAUGAGCCUCAAACGGGAACCAUACUUUGACAAACUUCUGGAUGCCAUCGGAAGCAAGUUUGUGAAUGCUAGUAAGAUGCAAGGGGUUGACUAUCAGAGCGCUCUGCUCGAUCCUGAAAUGCCAUGGUAUGAUGGAGACUUCACGAUCAAGUUGAACACGGGUCUAUCCAUUACCAUCCCAAACAACCAGCUAAUUGUCCCGGAACGAAGGAUCAACGAGAACGGAGAGAUCUACCGGAAUGACUCGCAGCCCCUUCUUAGAAUCAACGGGAUGCAGGAUGGACUCCUCUCCAUCGGCCGAUUCUUCUUCACUGCUGCUUAUCUCGCCACCAAUCAAGAUGCCGGCAAGUUUACGAUCUGGAAGGCCAACCCGAGCACCGAUCAAGAUCUGGUGGCGCUGGACCCGAACAACAAGCCCAUCGACAGUCGGGUUACCUGCACGGCGACCCCCAUCAGCACGGUCUUGGCCAAGCCAGACCAAGGCGAUGGCAACGAUAAUAACAACGAAGAUGAGGAGAAUGACCGGAACGAAACGGACAAGGUCAGCGAAACGACAACGACUCCGGCGACAACUUCGACAGCAGCUUCGACAGCAACUUCGACACCCAAGCCAGACACAGGUCUUCCGAUAGAGGCCCAAGCCGGCAUCGCCGCUGGCGCUGGAGCUGCGGGACUCAUAUGCAUCGGUCUCUUGGCCUGGCUGAUCAUACGAAGAAAGCGAAGAGCGAUGGGAGAAUCAGAUGCCAUGAGCUUGGCGUCGAUACAGACAGGCUGGUCUAGAUCUGGCGACAUGAAGAUGGCCUAUCCAAGCCAAGGAUAUCCUCACUUUAUCCCACAAGAGAUGGGAACAUUCAAUGAACGCCGACCCCCGGUCGAGAUGCCGUGA